AUGACUGGCUUUGAAGACCUGGCAAACUUGCGUCUGUGCGCUGGAGCUAUUGAUGGCACAUUCGUCCACAUCAAAAAGCCAGCCCUGUGGGGUGAUACCUACUGGUGCUAUAAGAACUUUAUAGCAAUUAUUAUGCUCGCCGUUUGUGACCACCGUUGCCAGUUUACGUUUGUGGAUGUUGGCAGAGCUGGAUGUGUUGGCGACGCGUUCACGUACCGCGAAAGCUCACUUCGCCGGCUGAUUACUUCAGGAGAGUGGCUCAGCGAGUACGCGGAAGACCUCGAUGGUGUGACGGUCAAGCCGUACCUGAUCGGCGACAGUGCUUUCCCCCUAGAACAGCAGCUUCUCAAGUGCUAUGAUCGGCCAACAGUGCCGCAUCACAUACGAUUCAACCGUGCACUGACAUCUACGCGUCAGAAGAUCGAGAAUGCAUUCGGAUUCCUGAAAGGCAGGUGGCACAUUCUCACCGACAACUAUAUCAGAGACCCUGGCUUCAUGAAGGACGUAAGCUUAGUUUGUGCUGCUCUGCACAAUGUGUGCCAGCGUGCUAAUUGUGAAUACAAUUCCACUUGGACCGUGGAAGAAGGCAACUAUGUCCGUGUUGGUCCGCCGCUUCCACAAGCGCCAGUGCACGAGCUGAUGGGUGGAGGUGAUGUCCGCUACACCAUUGCACAAACUUUAUGA